AUGGCUACUAGUGUUGCUAAGAAGCGGAAGUACAUCGAUGGAUACAUUAACUACGGAUUUACAUCAAUCCUCACUGAUGGCAUUGAGAAACAUCAGUGUGUGCUGCGCUUCAAAGUGCUGGGGAACAAUUCUAUGAGGCCGAGUAAGCUGAAGCAUCAUCUGAUGACGAUCCAUCCACAGUAUGCGGAGAGAGACACCGAUUUCUUCAGGCGCCAUGAACGGAGUUUGGGAAAACAGAAACUGGACGAGAGUGGUGCUUUCCAACAACAGACCGUAAGUGUAGUUGAGGCAUCAUACGAGGUUUCCCUCGAAAUAGCAAAGCAAAAGAAGCCCCAUACAAUUAGUGAAACUUUAAUUAAGCCAUGUGCUUUAAAAAUGGUCAAACGGGUUCUUGGAGAGGCAAGUGAACGUUAA